AUGGAGACUCUUCGUGCCUUAUACUUUUUGGGAGAUAAUGAUUUUGAAUAUAUACCUUUUGACAUCAAAAACCUAAAAAAUUUACAAAUUCUUGUUCUUCGUGAAAAUGACAUCAUUGAACUUCCCAAAGAAAUAGGGGAAUUAAUUCGUCUGAGGGAACUCCAUCUUCAGGGAAAUCGUCUGACUAUCCUACCUCCAGAGAUUGGAAACUCAGAUAUGUCCUCCAACAAGUCUGCAUUUCGAUAUGAAGGCAAUAUAUGGGUACCACCUAUUGCCGAACAGUUACAACUAGGAAUUAGCCAUUUACAGGAUUAUUUAAGGAGUGAAACAUACAGAGGGCUCUACAGUAGAAUGGUCGCCAAUAAACCUCCACCCCCUCCACCAUGUGUUGACAAAGCCAAAAAGAUAUUUUGA